AGUUUUUUGUCAUACGAAGGUAUCCUAAUCCAAGAGCCAAGAUGAUACUUGAACUCACUCAAUUCUUUGUCGGCAAUUUGUUGAGAUGUUCAUUUUAAGAUAAUAUAAAUAGAAAGAAAUCUGUACUUGGUGGUACAGCCUUUGGCAUUAAUCACAACUUAGUAUUGGUGGGUCAUAUUGUGUAUGAAUGUAAUGAUUUGAAACAAUCAUGCAAUUGAAAAGAUAAUGGCAUUCAGCUACUUUCUCGUAUUUGUGUCAUUAUCUCACAUAGACUGGCUAGUUUCCCUUCUAUUCUCCGCUCCUUCUUGUAAACUAAUGCAAAUGUUAUUUGUGCUCUGCUUAAUUUUCCAAAGUGUAGGUGUGACAAACGUAGUUAGCAAUUUUGCCAAUAAAAUUUUCUAGCAUGAACAAACUCGUUUCCAUAGGAUAAUGAAUUGAGAUACUGUAUCUACAGAAUUCCUUAUUCAUGAAUUAAAAGAAGAAAAGUAAGUAAGUGGGUGAGUGAAAGCUUUCUUUUUUUUUAUUUUAUUUUUGUUUGUAUCAAUAGGUUGAUUCGGAGCCGCGAAUGUGACUUUUGUUCACUAUAAAAGCGC